AUGUCGAAUCAGUGGAUCAGAGAGCUCUGAAGAGAAGUCAAAAUCUCCAUCAUGAAGGAUGACACACCUAUGAAUAUCCUUGACCCUGAGAUUUAUGGAGAUUACAAUCUCAUGAGCUUCACGAAGAAAGGAAUCGAUUUGAAGAACUGGCUUGAAAAUGUGACCACACGAUAUGAGAAAAUGAGGAUCCAGAAUUUUGGCAAAAUAGACAUUGAUUUUAAUGAGAUUAGUAAAGCUAAGGUCAAGAAACUUCUCAAAACAAAAUCUGAAUUGAAAUAUUAUCAGAUUGGGCAUGCAGAUAAUAGGCUGAAUGAAUCAAAAAGUGACUUAGAAGUGCUCCCUAAAGUCAAAGACUCACGACGGUCAUACUCGUUAGAUAGAAACCGGAUCCAUGCUUGAUAUGAUCUUACUAUGGAUAAACCGUACAAAUCAAAAAUAUUUUAUGAUGCCAGAAUUGAGAGAAAGAAAUUUCUAAGCCAUUUGAGAAAGUUAAAAAUUGCUCAUCAGAAGCAGCUGGAUACAGUCAAGCACAUUGUCAUUGACAUUGCUGACCAGAUAGUAACUAAGAAGAUUGUUGGAUUUCAACAGGCUAUUAAUAAGGAAAUUGGCAAAAUCUUUGAUUACAUCCAAUACCUCAAGGGAAAACUGAAUCAUCAGUUUGAGAAUAACCUCCGUAUAGCGAAAGUUAUUGAAAAUUAUGAGCAAAUUGCCAUCUGGGAUGUAAUUAAACAGGGAGGCAACGCCCAAGCUAUCGAUAUUUACAUAAAGAAGCCACAUCAAUAUAAAUAAAUUUAUGAGGAGUAAGACUCAAGACCUUAACACUCAACAAAAGAAGAUGAAAUUAGAGAAGGAAUCUAAAGAUUCUGAGGAUAUUAAUACCUUCCAGAAUCUGCUAAACUACACUGUAGGAAAAUGUCUCGCUACAAAAUAAAGUAGUUGAUCAGUCUACACAAGCUGAUGAUGAGACUAGAAAUGAACUGAUGGACAACCUUAAGUUGGAGAACAGAGACCUUCGCAGGCAGAUCAGAAAGCUUACUAUAGAAAAAGACAGACUAGACACAAAGUACAGAAGUCAGCUCGACAUAGAAGAAUUUAAGCUAAACGAUCUAAAGCAGCAUUUUAAGACGAUCGAGGAGAGGCAGCUUCAAGAUAAAAACAAGCUAUACGAAGAGCUGAGAACUGUUAAAACAGUCCUUAGAACUCCUUACUUGACUAAUAAAUUAAGGAAGUCCAAGUACAAAAGAAUCUCACAGUGAGUAACUUCCAGAAAUAGCUCCACAAAGAGGUUUCUUAAUUUUAAUAUGAAGAAGAAUAUCAGCGAGAUCACUGGGAAAAUAGAACAAGGGAUCCAGACAGAGAAAGACAAGAAUAUAGAAGCCUUAAAAGCCAAGCCUCGGGCCAAGUCUGCGGGAAGAAUUACUACCUCCCCUGAGAAUAAGAAGAAAGUUAAGAAUUUUAAGUUCCGAAUAAAAAGCGGUUGCAAGAAGGACGUCAAAGUGAUUAAGAACAAAGGGAAAUUAUGCCUAGGAAGAGAACAAAACCCUGUAAAAGAACUGGCAAGAAGAAACUCAGCAAAGGCAAGCAGGAUUAAAGUCAACUGCAUCUCAGUUAGCAAAGAUGACUUUCUCAAACCUAUUGAGAAUAUAGAUGCUAUUUUGGCAAAAACAACUACAGAUGAUCAGAAAAGAGUGGUCUUCACUAAGAGCAGAUACUCUCAGGUAAACUUUACCCCAAAGGAGAAGCCCAGUAACAGCGAAUUCUUAGACAAAAUAAAAUCUCUGAAGGGUGAUGGAAGUAUCAACUUGUUCCAGAUCUAA